CUCAUUUAUGGUCGACCGAUCAGGUAUUCAUUGCGUAUACCAUAAUGACAUUAUUGUUUAGUGAUGCUUGAAUUGAUUACUAAUUUUAAAACUCCAUUAAUCUUCACCACCAACCCCAUUACUCAUUCCUCCUACACCAUAAAUCCCUUUACUUCCUAUAUUAGUCCCCUAUGCACCAAAAGCAUCCUACACCAUUACAUUACUUCCCUUCUUCCCUUGUUGCAGGAAAUAACCAGAAGAAAUGGAACAAGAUCCACCAUCAACCUUCAUCCGCCCUUGCAAACGCCAAGACAACCUUGCCUCCAGCUCUCGUCCUCUCAUUCCCGGCCCAGCUGGCGCCGUCCAGGCCGCCAUGAUUCACCGCAGAUCCACCGACGACAAACCAAACAUUUCAACCCAACAAUUCGUUAGGCAAGUCCUCCAAGAAGGCCACGACACCGAUCCCGAUUUCCAAUCCAAUGCUUGGCUUUCAACCCUGCAAUUAAACGGAUCUGCCACUCCUCUGGGCGCAAUCACUCACCAUCAUGAAAGAGUAGAUCACGUCAUCGGUGUUAUCAAAUCCUGCAAUCCCAAUGGGUUUGGAGAUGCAACAGUUACACUCAAGGACCCUACGGGCACUGUUGGCGCUAGUAUCCAUCACAAGGUCUUCACUGAAAGCGUAUUUGCGAAAGACAUAACUGUUGGAUCUGUUCUGCUUCUCCAAAAGGCUAAUCUAUAGGCAACUUUAACAUUUUAAGCUUCUUUGGACAACUUGGACAUCACAUCGUUUCUUCACUUUGCUUUCAGGUCGCUGUGUUCUCUCCUAGAAAGUCUAAUUGUUAUCUGAAUAUAACCUUGUCCAAUGUAGUCAAGGUAUGAUAAUCUUCUUCCACAUCUAAAAUAAAGCAUUUGAAUCUUUUCCACAUCUACAACAAAGCAUUUG